AUGGCUCGCGAGAGCAGGCAAAUACCGACGGGACGCAAUGGCGCUGCAGACCGCUCCGCGCAACGUGCGACAAACGGUCUGCAGAGCGCAUCAGUCGCAAGCGACUCGCACAAAGUGAAUGGUUAUACCACAUCAACAGGGGAUGCUCAGCUGCCACCAGGUCCGCUAUACGACAACCUCCAGCAGUCAGGAGUUGCUGCUGGCAGUCGAGUGCAUCCCGAGUCACGGGGGAGCGCGAAUCGUCCAAAAGCGAGGGAGUCCACCUUCCCUAGGCUAGCGCGACCGGAUCCUUUCGCACCAAAGAGGGAGACCAUCACGCGCAACUUUGUCCAGCCACUGAUCACGACCAGGCGGCCGGGAGAGUCAAGCGAUCCUCCUUCUCCUGGUCCUCGUCGCCGUGCGCCUGCGGACAACGUCACAGAAAGAUUUCCGAACUCUACUGUGCGUCGCCCAACAGAGUCGCAAACUCCUAUAUGGCAGCGCUUGUCGCAACAUGGGACAAUAGCUUCUUCUGCGAAGGGCAGAGGACAAAUUCCUGGGUUUAACGCCGAUUUGCAGGCAUCGCCUCGCGAGCUGCUCAAUGGCGAUCUGAAUACUCCACGGUCGUCCUUGCUGGGGCCGAGAAUCGAGAAUGUUGGCGAAGACUUCGACUUGACUAUGGAGGGAGCCUCGGGUGGUGAUCGGGGGCCAGUGAAUGGCGUCAGCAGCAUUGACAGGCUGCGCCAGGACUCUGGUGGAGACGUCGAAGGCGCCGCGAGCGCAGACCAGAAUUCUCACGAUGCAACCGGCCCACAGCUGGAGGGUCCUGCGAACAUAAAUACGGAUGCUCGAUCUGAAGAAUAUGAGAUGGAAUGGCAUGGUGUAGAUUGGUGGGAGAAUCAAGUGGAGCAGGCUUUUAACCCACCUAGAGUCCAAAUGCCAACGCCAGCGCCUGAGGAGACUGCGAGCAUUGCGGAGACAGCACCAAGCGUGAAUAGAAGGUCUUCGCGGAGAAUCGGCACCUCUGCAAGUGCAGAAGACAUCCGGACCUUGAUCAGUGAUGCGGUCAGAACUGCAUUCGAUCAGCACCAAAAUACCACGCCAAUACCGUGGUUUACUCCCAGUCUCGACGGAACGUCGUCGUCCCAUGCGCCGAUGGACCGCGUCAAAAGGCAGCGAACAGACCCUGUUGGACUUAGGUCAAGGACGAAGAGUGUAAUUGAGCGACUCCUAGCACCCUUCAAGCUUGGUCGGCUAGCAAAGCCGAGUGAAGUAGCCAAACGUUCUCGAAGAAUGAGCACCGGUGGCUUUGGCAAACGACCGGCAAUAACACCGGAUAUGGCCAUACCGGGCAGAGAGGUCUUGGGCCGUCCUGUGCUCAGCCACGCCAAUAGCUUGCGCCCAGGUCACAAUCCAGCCUUGGUGCGGGCCGGUCUUGUCAACGGACAAGGGCAAAGAACGAGACCCCCGAAUCCGGUGCGUAGUCGUAGACCAUCGUCCCUGUCGGUCAUUGGGUCUCCUCUAGAGACAUGCGAAGAGGAGGGACUCGAAGAAGGGAGAUCUCCAGAGGGUCAUAUCGAGAUGGACGCAUAUGAGCCGCAGGUCUAUGCCAGUCGUGCCGGUUCUGCAGAUACGGGUCUCGCUGGCGUUGAGGAUGAUGUGAGAGUUGCUAGAGCAGAGCAGCUGCGUCAAGCGCAUGAUGAACUUGAGGCACAGCGUGCAGCGGACAUUCGACGGGCUGGAUACUCUGGGCGAGGUGACAGAAUGCCACGACAAGAUCGGGAGCCAUCGAGACGCGGAAGGGGUGGUGGCAGAGGACGUGGCAGAGGAACACCGAUCAGACGUGGAAGCUGGACGUGA